AUGUUCAGCUCCAUGAAAAUUAUGGCACAACAUGAAAGAAUUCACACUGGAGUGAAACCAUAUGUAUGUAAGCAGUGUGGGAAAGCUUUUAACAGACAGGCAAACUGUAAAAUACAUGAAAGAAUUCACACUGGAGAGAAACCAUAUCUAUGUGAGCAAUGUGGGAAAGCUUUUAACACACGUGCACAAUGUAAGGUUCAUAAAAGAAUUCACACUGGAGUGAAACCAUAUGUAUGUAAGGAAUGUGGGAAAGCUUUUAACAGACGGGCAAACUGUAAAAUACAUGAAAGAAUUCACACUGGAGAGAAACCAUAUGUAUGUAAGGAAUGUGGGAAAGCUUUUAACACAUGGGCAAAUUGUAAAAUACAUGAAAGAAUUCACACUGGAGAGAAACCAUAUUCAUGUGAGCAAUGUGGGACAGCUUUUAACACAAGGGGAGAUUUUAAGAAACAUGAAAGUAUUCACACUGGAGAGAAACCCUAUGUAUGUAAGGAAUGUGGAAAAGCUUUUAACACAUGGGCAAAUUGUAAAAUACAUGAAAGAAUUCACACUGGAGAGAAACCCUAUGUAUGUAAGCAAUGUGGGACAGCUUUUAACACACGGGGAGAUUUUAAGCAACAUGAAAGAAUUCACACUGAAGUGAAACCAUAUGUAUGUAAGCAGUGUGGGAAAGCUUUUAACAGACUGGCAAACUGUAAAAUACAUGAAAGAAUUCACACUGGAGAGAAACCAUAUCUAUGUGAGCAAUGUGGGAAAGCUUUUAACACACGUGCACAAUGUAAGGUUCAUAAAAGAAUUCACACUGGAGUGAAACCAUAUGUAUGUAAGGAAUGUGGGAAAGCUUUUAACACAUGGGCAAGUUGUAGAAUACAUGAAAGAAUUCACACUGGAGAGAAACCAUAUUCAUGUGAGCAAUGUGGGAAAGCUUUUAACACACGUGCACAAUGUAAGGUUCAUGAAAGAAUUCACACUGGAGUGAAACCAUAUGUAUGUAAGGAAUGUGGGAAAGCUUUUAACACACGGGGAGAUUUUAAGAAACAUGAAAGAAUUCACACUGGAGAGAAACCCUAUGUAUGUAAGGAAUGUGGGAAAGCUUUUAACAGACAGGCAAACUGUAAAAUACAUGAAAGAAUUCACACUGGAGAGAAA